UGCCGCACGGCACAAACAUCCUCCUCCAUGACCAGCGGUCUAACGAUGGAUCACACUUUCCUGCCUCGGUCCAUCUGGACCGGUGACGGCAAAUUCCUCCAGCAUCCAGCGGAUCUCUACACCAGUGUGGCCGUUACGCGCAGCAUCCCUGCAGGCACGUGCUUUGGUCCGUGUGUUCUCCAAAAUACUUUCUACGACACGAUCGCCUUCAUAGCGCAGAAAUCUUGCGACAAGAGAGCAAAAUCCUAUGUGUUCAGGGUGGACCCGGAGGUCAUGCGUAAUUCUGCGCUGGUGCUGUCCUGGCUGCGGCUCGUGCAAGCUGCGCGCAACAGAGAGGAGCAGAACACAGAGGCCUUUCUGAAGGCGGGUCAGCUGUAUGUGCGGACCAUCCGGAAUAUACAGCAGGAGGAAGAGCUGCUGGUGUGGUACGACCAGGAACUGUCUCAUCUACUGGGCUUCACCGACAUGAUGAGAGGAUCAAGUGAAGAGUUCAAAUGUGGAAGAUGUAACCAGAUUUUCAAGUAUGAGUAUCCUUUCCUGGCUCACUGCCGUUUCCUGUGUACUCAAGUGAAGACUGACACCUGGAGCCGCGAGAUUUACGAGCACAAGCAUGUGGAAAUUAAGAGGCAACACCGAGUGACAGAUUUUCACAACAUCGCGAGAGAUUUGGAGCACAAAAAAUCUGGCAAAGACGAAGACGCAGAGAUUUCGCCGAAGAGAAGGAAACACGAGGAACCUCUUUUUCCCAAAGGAAGGAAAACAGUUCUGUUGGAGAAAACAAACAUUUCAAAUGACGACAAUAUCACACUGAUUAAGGGCUACGAGCAGGCAGCAGGAGACGCGUCCUCCUCCGAGGGAAAACUGAAAGCUGAUAAGGUCAAACAGGAUAAUUUGGGAUGUAAAAAUGAUGCUUUUACGCACAACAGAGAGCUGGACGCGCGGUCGGGGACAGGUGAGAGCUCUAGUGUGUACUCAAGCAGCAGCAGCGCGUUCUCUCUGGUCCUGUCCAACAACCAGGGUGAGCAGAAAAGCGCUUUCUGCAAACCGAGUAAAAGAACUUCCCCUAUUGACCCCCAGGCGCAUCUGAGCAGCGCUUCAACAGCCCCCUCUAGCCGCCUAGAGGAGAUGACUGACGCCUUCACCUCCAGGACUGUUAUGGGAUACAACAAUCUGAUGGCAUCCAACAUCCUGAGCGGUGACUUGCAGACUGUCCCCUCCCCGGUUGCGUUGAACAAUGCUUUCCAUUACGCACCGGAGCAGUGGUCGAGGAACAUUGGCGUCCAGCUGCAGUCCACAUCUUCUCUCACCAUCCUCCCACCCACUUUCACCUCUUUCGGCGUGUCGGUGCAGAACUGGUGCGCCAAAUGCAACCUGUCCUUCCGCAUGACAUCUGACCUCGUUUUCCACAUGCGAUCCCACCACAAGAAGGAGUUCGCUGCGGAGUCGCACGUGAGGAGGAGGAGAGAGGAGAAACUCACCUGUCCGAUCUGCCACGAAUACUUUCGUGAGCGGCACCACCUGUCCAGACACAUGACCUCUCAUAACUGAAAGAAAGGACUCAAAAACUUUAUUUAUUUCCUUAAUAAUGCUCAUAUUUAACAGGUUUAGACUCCGGAUUUGGUGUAAAUCAGUGAAUGUAGGUAGAAAAUGUAAAGAAAAAAGCAAAACGUGGCUGUCACAGUCUGUCCACUAGAUGACGAUAGAGGUAUGUGUAAACUGAUCUCUCGUGCGCGCGCGCGCGUGUGUGCGUGUGUGUGUUAGGUUGAUGGUUAUUUUUGUGCCUUAUGGGACUCAGGAGGGUAGAAGGACGGAGAGAGAUGUGGAGGACAGCUCAUGAUUGUCACAAAUAUCUCGACGUUUAUUUAUCAGCUUUUCUCUGCUCUGGUUUGUACAUGAGAUGUGGCCGAGUGUGUUUGCACAUUCGCUUUGAAAUCUAAAAUUAUGGAAAUGAAACUGACGCGUCGAGUGUUUUGUUCCAUCAUGUUGGGUGUCAGUUUUGUCCGCUCCAACAGGCGGCGACUGAGACCAACUUUUCUCUUUCAUCCUCUGUAGAGUACUCAAUAUA